AUGGGUCGGAUAACACAAGAACCAGGAGAUAUGGGUCGGAUAACACAAGGACCAGGAUAUAUGGGUCGGAUAACACAAGGACCAGGAGAUAUGGGUCGGAUAACACAGGAACCAGGAGAUAUGGGACGGAUAACACAAGGACCAGGAGAUAUGGGUCGGUUAACACAAGGACCAGGAGAUAUGGGUCGGUUAACACAACGACCAGGAGAUAUGGGUCGGAUAACACAGGAACCAGGAGAUAUGGGUCGGAUAACACAAGGUCCAGGAGAUAUGGGUUGGAUAACACAAGGACCAGGAGAUAUGGGUCGGAUAACACAAGAACCAGGAGAUAUGGGUCGGAUAACACAAGGACCAGGAUAUAUGGGUCGGAUAACACAAGGACCAGGAUAUAUGGGUCGGAUAACACAAGGACCAGGAGAUAUGGGUCGGAUAACACAGGAACCAGGAGAUACGGGUCGGAUAACACAAGGACCAGGAGAUAUGGGUCGGUUAACACAAGGACCAGGAGAUAUGGGUCGGUUAACACAAGGACCAGGAGAUAUGGGUCGGUUAACACAGGAACCAGGAGAUACGGGUCGGAUAACACAAGGACCAGGAGAUAUGGGUCAGUUAACACAAGAACCAGGAGAUAUGGGUCAGAUAACACAAGGACCAGGAGAUAUGGGUCGGUUAACACAACGACCAGGAGAUAUGGGCUGGGUAACACAACGACCAGGAGAUAUGGGUCGGUUAACACAACGACCAGGACAUAUGGGUCGGAUAACACAAGAACCAGGAGAUAUGGGUCGGAUAACACAAGGACCAGGAUAUAUGGGUCGGAUAACACAAGGACCAGGAGAUAUGAGUCGGAUAACACAGGAACCAGGAGAUAUGGGUCGGAUAACACAAGGUCCAGGAGAUAUGGGUCGGUUAACACAAGGACCAGGAGAUAUGGGUCGGAUAACACAAGGACCAGGAUAUAUGGGUCGGAUAACACAAGGACCAGGAGAUAUGGGUCGGAUAACACAGGAACCAGGAGAUAUGGGUCGGAUAACACAAGGUCCAGGAGAUAUGGGUUGGAUAACACAAGGACCAGGAGAUAUGGGUCGGAUAACACAAGGUCCAGGAGAUAUGGGUCGGAUAACACAAGAACCAGGAGAUAUGGGUCGGAUAACACAAGGACCAGGAUAUAUGGGUCGGAUAACACAAGGACCAGGAUAUAUGGGUCGGAUAACACAAGGACCAGGAGAUAUGGGUCGGAUAACACAGGGACCGGGAGAUAUGGGUCGGAUAACACAAGGACCGGGAGAUAUGGGUCGGAUAACACAAGGACCAGGAGAUAUGGGUCGGAUAACACAAGGACCAGGAGAUAUGGGUCGGAUAACACAAGGACCAGGAGAUAUGGGUCGGAUAACACAACGACAGGAGAUAUGGGUCGGAUAA